AUGCCGAUCACAAAGAUUCACGCUCGCCAGAUCUAUGAUUCUCGCGGCAAUCCCACCGUUGAAGUUGACCUCUACACAGACAAAGGUCUUCAAAUGUUUGGAGAUUUAGGCGUUUUUCGUGCAGCUGUUCCUUCGGGAGCCUCGACUGGGGUGCAUGAGGCGUUGGAGCUUCGUGACAAAGACAAGAAGGUGCAUCAUGGAAAAGGUGUGCUAAAGGCGGUUGCCAAUAUCAAUGAGAAAAUUGCUCCGGCUCUUAUCGCCAAGAACUUCUGCGUGACUCAGCAGCGGGACAUCGACCAAUUCAUGUUGGCUUUAGACGGAACUGAGAAUAAGUCGAAUCUUGGCGCUAAUGCUAUCUUGGGCGUUUCUCUGGCUGUUGCAAAGGCUGGCGCUGUCCACAAAGGAAUGCCACUAUACAAGUAUCUUGCUGAACUAGCUGGUGUUAGUAAGGUUUGUCUACCUGUACCGGCCUUCAACGUUAUUAAUGGAGGCUCUCAUGCUGGAAACAAGCUAGCCAUGCAGGAGUUCAUGAUUUUGCCAGUUGGUGCCACGAGUUUCUCUGAAGCCAUGCGAAUGGGAUCAGAGACCUAUCAUCAUCUGAAAGCCGAAAUCAAGAAGAGAUACGGACUUGAUGCGACCGCCGUAGGAGAUGAGGGUGGUUUCGCUCCCAACAUCCAGGAUAAUAAGGAAGGACUUGAUCUCUUGAAGACAGCUAUUGAUCUCGCUGGGUAUACUGGGAAGAUUUCCAUUGGUAUGGACAUUGCGGCUUCUGAGUUCUUUAAAGAGGGCAAGUACGAUUUGGAUUUCAAAAACCCCAAGUCGGAUCCUAGCAAGUGGUUGACUGGAGACCAACUUGCCGCACUUUACCAUGACUUCAUCAAGGAGUAUCCUGUAGUUUCCAUUGAGGAUGCUUUUGAUCAAGAUGACUGGGAAAACUGGGCAAAACUCAAG